UACAUUCCUGCUGCAAAGCAAGUUUUUUUCCUCCCGUCUCACAAUACAACGCGCGGCUGGUGUUUCAGUCCUCCCGCACCAUAGAGACGGGCGGCUGGAGCGGUCAGCUGUACCAUAGAGAGUUCGCUGCGUAUCCUAUCCAUCUCUACUCAGAGAGAGACGUCUGUGUGUGCGCGCGCGGUGGUUCGGGACAGCGGAGCCCGGGAGGUGUGAUUGCCCUUCAGGGAAAGGCCUCUCCUGCCUUUGUUUAUAUCUGAUCAACCUGCAGCAAGUGUGCAUCAGUCCUUUACAAUGCCAGCCGCUGUAGUGGACAAUAGCCAGGUGAUAUGUGAGGUAUGGGCAGUCAACCUGGAGGAGGAAAUGCGUAAGAUCCGAGAGCUUGUUCGCACUUAUGGAUACAUUGCAAUGGAUACAGAGUUUCCUGGGGUGGUUGUAAGGCCAAUUGGGGAAUUUCGAAGUACGAUAGACUAUCAGUAUCAACUUUUACGCUGUAAUGUGGAUCUACUCAAAAUUAUACAGCUGGGUCUCACCUUCAUGAAUGAGAAAGGAGAGUACCCUUCUGGAAUCAACACUUGGCAGUUUAAUUUCAAGUUUAACCUCACAGAAGACAUGUAUUCUCAAGACUCAAUUGAUCUGUUGGCAAAUUCUGGCCUCCAGUUCCAGAAGCACGAGGAAGAAGGGAUAGACACCCUGACCUUUGCUGAGCUGCUUAUGACCUCUGGGGUGGUUCUAUGUGAUAAUGUCAAGUGGCUUUCAUUCCACAGUGGUUAUGAUUUUGGCUAUAUGGUGAAGCUUCUAACAGACUCUCGUCUCCCUGAAGAGGAACACGAAUUUUUCCACAUUUUGAAUCUUUUCUUUCCAUCGAUCUAUGAUGUAAAAUAUCUGAUGAAGAGCUGCAAAAAUUUGAAGGGUGGUCUGCAGGAGGUGGCUGAUCAGCUGGACUUGCAGCGGAUUGGUAGGCAACAUCAGGCUGGUUCUGAUUCAUUGCUCACCGGCAUGGCUUUCUUUCGGAUGAAGGAGUUAUUUUUUGAGGACCAUAUUGACGAUGCCAAGUACUGUGGACGUCUCUAUGGGCUAGGGACAGGAGUCGCUCCAAAAUCCAAUGAGGAGGCAGAAGAAAAAAUAAGCAUCAUGUCUCUCAUCAACAAUGGACAACAAUGAGAUGGCCUUGACUGGGUAAUCUGACCUCCAUUCUCCAUGUCUGCUCCUCUCCACUGUAUUCUCUGCACACCUUCCAAAUAGCAACUCUUGGAACCAGCUGAAAAAAAAUCAGUAGAAGUGACUGCUUUUAUGAACAUUCUGUCCAACAUGUCACUUUUUCUUUGUUUUAAAACUUUUAAGGGAAGAGAUCAACAUCUUAUGGAGAGAAAAAGCCAAACCGCUUCUGGACCAUCUAGUUUUCUACCUAUGACGAGCCACGUGGGGCCUAGCCCCCAAUGCACCGUUGCCAUCUGCUCCAGUUGCAUAUUUUUCCAUUGCUUUUACAGAAGAUGGUUUACAUGCUGUAAGUGUGGACACAGCAAUCCUGGACCAGGCCAGUGCUUGUCCUCAUAGGCACUAGCAAAACCAAGCACCUUUAGCAACACUUCCAGAAAAGGCUAAAGCAGUUUUAGGCAGUCGGGUAUUUCUGCAGCCUUAUCAAUGUAAGCUCUUAAGAAAAUGUUGAGUCCUAAUUUAUAAACUGGAGGUAAAGAGACGGUGAAACCAAUAAAAAUGAAUUGCAGGCUAAAUAUUGAAUAGAAAUCUAUUUGGGUUCUAAGAGCAAAAUAGAAUUUUUGAACCUUUUUUCUUUUUACGUCUCUUCUAUUUUCUGGACUUUUGUCAUAUCUACAGUGUAUUCACCAACUGUGAUAAAAAAAAGCUGUUAAUCUUCAUCCUGUAAAAGGAGGCAUUUAUAGACUUAAAGGGACCAUGUUGCUUCCCUAAAAUAAUAUACUGCACACUAUCGUAAAAGAGUAUGUAUGCUCACCUCUCUGAAGGAUGGUGAGACUCUUUUGCAGAGCUAGCCAUGCUGCUGCCUUGACACUUUUGGGUGCUUCGGAUAGCAUGUUCUCCACCAGGCACCAUGGUUCUGCUAACUGGCCACUGAGUUCUAGUCUAGUGAUGUAGCAGCCAGUGGGAGGGACCAUUGCCUCCAGUGGGGAAACAUGCUAUCUGACACACUAGGAAGUGUUGGAAAGAGCGCAGUGUUGCUAGCUCUGCAAGAGAACACAAAAUGGACUCGCUUCUUGCCAGUAUUUAUCAUCUUGUAUUGCAGGAUGCAGAUGCCUGAAUUUUUAUAAAAUAUAUACAUAUAUUUUAUAAUUUGUGUAUUUGGAGAAGCUUUAAGGAGACUCUGCCCAUUCCAAAAAGGUCUGUAACAAAAGUAGCUUUUUUCUUUUUUUAAUAAGUUACUAUUUCUGGAGUGUUCUUUGUAUUUUAAGGAUACACUAGAGGUUGUACAAUACAGACAUUUUUAUUGUGUGCCCCUAAUUUAUUCUGCAUACAUAGGAAUAUUUGAUGGCGCAGCGGUUGCUUGGCAGAGAAGCCAAUUUCUCUCUGCCACAGCUAUGACAGGAAUAUGAUAGGAUCUCCUUGGUAACAGUAAAGAUUGUGUGAAGUCCACUCCAGUUACAAUGGGGAAAAAAAAGUAUGAUUUAUUGGACUUUAUGAUUUUGGGUUUCGAUUUUUAAUAAAAGUAUAUUGCAUUUCACUAUUUUGCUGCAGUUUAACGUAAGACAUGCCACGUCUGCCUGUCACAAAACCUGACCUGCUUAACAAAGUGCAAAUAACUAUAUAAUUUAUUUAGAAAAGAAAAAGCCUCUUAUUAUGUAACAAUUGUAUUUAUUGUAGGCUAUGAAAUUCCAUCAGAAAAACAUUCAGAAAUAACUUUUUUUUUUAAAUAUUUUACGAAUAAGAUGUGUGAGAUUGAAAGGUCUUCCCUAUGCCAUUUUAAGUCUCAGGGAUAUGGCGUUAUUUUUUUUUUAUUUACUGUAAAGUGUGUCCUAUUUUUAUGUUUCUAAGCCGCAGAAAUGAGAACAAGCACUGUCCCCACUCCUUGCUAUGUCUUUAAUAUAAAAAAUAAUAAUUAUUCAGAAUGGCCAAAAGCAUUGGAAAGAUACUGUUCGCUGUUACAGUUGCGGUUUUAGCCAGCCAAAGUUUUGUAACCCACGUCCGUUGUUGUAAGCUGGAGUUUAAACAUGUGUAAAUAUUAUUUAUGUUUUUAAAUUUGUAAAAUAAAGAUGUUUCUUUUUUGUU